ACUUAUAAUUCGACAUGAGAUGGGGAGAGUCUGCUUGUCACAGUAACGUUAAUACUGGGGCAGUUAACGGUUGGCUUGCUGUGUAUAACCUUGCCUGAGAUGGGAGGAAAAUACAGCCGAGGGGAAGAGAGGAGGCCUUUGGAUUUUCCAGGCUUCUCUGAACUGUGUUAUCACAAAAAGAGUAGGGAAGAGACGCCUUUAGGUUUCUGCGCUCUGAAGGCGCCGAGAAGCAACCCGUGCUUUGGAAGGGAGAAUCCUGCUUACCUGGACAUGGCAUACUUUCCUGACAAUGAUCUGCACAUGGCGGCCUGUGCAGGAGAUUUAUCUUUUGUGCGGCUGUAUAUCGCUCUGGGUAAAUAUGAAGUCAAUUACAGAGACAGGGAUAAUAGGAAUGCCAUGCACUUUGCCUGCUUCUAUGGACAUUUAGAACUGGUGACAUAUCUCUGGAGGCGUGGCUGUGAGAUUAAUGUGUGUGACAAACAUAACAUCACACCCCUGAUGAAGGCUGUCCAAAGCUGGGAAGAUGGCAUCGUGUCUUUUCUGCUAGAGCACCAUGCUAACCUGCACAUUAAAGACAGCAGGGGUAACACCGCUCUGCACUAUGCUGUCUAUAGCGGAAAUCCAGCAACGGCUGCCAGGCUGCUACAGUAUGGAGCAGAUAUUGAGGAAAGGACAAAAGAUAACCUCACACCACUCUUGCUUGCUCUCAGGGAGUACAGACUGAAGAUGGCACAAUUCUUAGUAAAGAUGGAAGCAAGCGUGCAUGCAGUUGACUCACAGAGGAGAAAUUCUCUCAUGUAUGCCGUAAGAUGUGACUCGCCAGUGAUGGUCAACCUUAUUCUUCAACAAGGUGUUGACAUAAAUUUGAAAGAUUUAUUUGGAUGGACUGCUUUACGCUAUGCUAUUGAAGGUGAUCGUGAUGUGAGGACAAUUCUUUUGGAGUAUGAGCAUAACCUGUUAAAAAGCUUAAAAGAGAAAAAUCAAGCAUUUCAGAGUUCUGAAAACUCUUCAAUCAGGCCUAUCAACGAAGCUGAUGCGGAAGUGACCUCACCUACGGCAAAUGAGAAAGUGAUUGAAAUGCAAGACCCUCUUACAACCAAUGAAGCAAGAAUGGAGAAGAUGGAAACCCACAGACCAGCAGAAUCUGAAUUAGAGGUGAUCUCAUUGGAAGACGAAAUCAGUUGUAAUGAGACUAUAAAUAACCCGCAGCAGAGCCCGGGACAAUGAAGUGCACAGACAGAUGCUGCUACUGAAAAACGGAGCCCAUAGCUACCACGAAUCCUGAAAGCAUGAAGUUGGCUACUACAAACAGCUGAAAGAGAAAAGACAUAAAUAUAUGACUAGAAAAUAUCUAAACAGGCCUCAAGGAACAUGAUCAGAGUCUUAAGGACAAGCUGUGGUGGAAGAAAUAUUUUAAGGAACUCUUUCAAUGUUGGUGCUGUCCACCUGGCAGAGAGGAAUUCUGGACCUGGUUGGAAUACUGGCUGUGGAAAUACUGUGUGGUCCUCGUACUCCCUUAGUCCUUCAGUAUCAGUUUUAUAAAGUC